UCAUGGCGACGGGCCGGACGCGGUGCCGAAUCCAACAUGGCGGCGUAGCAGCUGGGAAACGGCGAUUUCUGCUAGUUUCUUUGAUUUUCCUGCAUGAAAUGUUUAGUUCUUUGUAGUUUCUGUUGCGGUAGCUGAUUCUUCAAGAGGCACACUUCAGCUGUGUGAUGUUAGCAGUUCGCACCAUGCCAGCCCGAGGCCCGACCAUCGCAGAGCGGGAAAACCUGGCCCACAUCCCCACACCCAGCCGCUCAGGAUUCACUCCUCGACCAAUCCAGAGGCUGGCCACCAUCAAGCCGCCGAGAACGGCCACCAACAUCGAAAUCAACCACAAGCUGAGGACUUCGGUAGAGGAGUCCACACCGAGAUUCGAACCCCCACCCACGUUCCAUCUAUGGCAGGAGGUAGGCUGGCAUGAGCCCAUGAUGCCCCCUAAGCAGGCGCGGGACUACAACAGUAACGUCUGGCGGAACUUCACGGCUCUCCAUGGCUACCAUCUUCGCGCCACGCCCAAACAGGGGCUAAACGACACGGUGGCUGCUAUGUACCCGAUCAACCUGCCGCGAGCGUCAUACAUGGGAAGGAACACGUUUGCUAAGUACGUGGCGGAGAGCCGUGCGAUGGUGCGUGACCCGGGUCAGCGGCGGGACGUUGUGCUGAAGCUGCAGCAGCAACUGGACGAGUUCCAGCGACUCCGCAUCGAGAGCGAGGCGCGCCGACCGCCCGUGGACGAGCUCGGGCGCAUCCUCCCGCCAGAGGCAUUCAAACAGUACCCGCGGCACGUCGACCCGACCUCGACCUCUAACCCCACGACCCAGAGCAUCUACGACUCGACCCUGCGGACCUACACGCGGCAGCACCCGGGAACGCGCAUGGGAGACUCCCCGGGAACACGGAUGGGAGACCCUCGCAGCGAGACGUCUGCGGGAACCGGUUUGCGCCGCGCGCCGCUGGUCACGAAGCUGGCGUACAGCCAGAACAACCCGCAGUACAGCAAGGUCAUGGAGGAACAGAAACUCAUCCUCGAGUGGAAAAAGGCAAAAAGGGAGGCUGAAAAGGACGCACGGACUGCCAAACUCUUAUAACUGCGAAACUUUUGUAACUGUAUAUUUUAUCACAUAUCGUAGAAAAGUUGACAUACAUUUUAAAGACAGUUUAUUUCUUGUACAAAAACUCAUCAUGGAGUGGAAAAAGCUAAGAGGGAGGCUGAGAAGGAUGCAGGGACUGCAAAACUACUAUAACUGAAAAUAUCUUAUCACAUAUCUUGACAUACAUUUUAACGACAGUCUAUAUCUUGUACAAAGUGGGAAAAAAACUCAUCCUGGAGUGGAAAAAAGCCAAGCAGGAGGCGGAAAAGAAUGCACGACUGCUAUUAUAAUUGCGAAACUUUUAUAACUGUAGAUUUACUAAUAUUUUAUCACUGUGACAUAUCUUUGAAAAGUUAAAAAUGUUUUUUUUUAAGUUUAUAUCUAUGUACAAAGUGGGAAAAAAUGUAACUAUGCAUUGAGCUAUCGAGUUUGGAAUGGAUGGCUCUGAAGCUUAGUUUUUUCUUGCAGUUCUUCUAUCUAGUAUAUGAUGUCGUUUCUGAAUUCUAUAGAUGAAAUAGAUGAUGAUAUUUAUGCCUAUCCUGCUGAACAUUCCAGUUUUCAAAAUCAUGUUUUUAUAAAUAUAUAUAAUAAAAUGUAUCAACAAAAAUGACACAAAAUAAGGUGAAAUGUUUAAAGUGUGUUUUUACAGGGUAGGUAAAGACUGAGGAUUCAACGCUUCAACUUUAGUCAGGAGUGUGUAUCAGUUGUAAAUCUUCAUUGUACUAUGCAGAUUCUAUUAGUAUGUCUUAACUAUGAAAGUUAUGGUAGUGUUUAUAAUGUGAUUCAAUGAUAUAUGAUCAAUAUUCUAAUAACUGAAACUCUGACAUAUCAUAUCGUAUGACUUUCUAGUUUUAACAUAUCUAAUGAAAAGAUUUCACUGUUUGAAUUUUACUAUACUUGAUUAUGAUGGUGUAAAGACAGUUGCAUCAGAUCAAGAUCACCAUGAUUCUGUAAAAUU